AUGGUGUUUGUAUUUUCUCUGCAGAUCUGCGGGAGGUCUUCUGUCUGCGCGGCGCAGACCACGCGCAGACUUAUAGGUUUGAACAAGCUUCGCCGACCGACUGUCACCUCCGAUCUGUCGCCGCACCGCCCGUCGCCACCCUCCUCUCCGGCCGCAUCUCCGGUCGUCGCCUCCAAACAGCAAGCGCCGCUUCUCAAUUGCAGCGAACAGGGGCAUCCAAAAGCUGCUUCUUUGAGAACAAUUCCACUGCCUUUUCCAGAUCUUUGUGCACGUCUUUUUGAUGGAAAUAGUGCUACUGGUAAUUUUAGGAGUUACUCAACCCAAUCAUCAUCAGUAGCUGGCGCAUCCUCCUAUCGUGUUCCACCACUUCAGAUCACCGCCACCCCUUUUGAUGCAAUGGAUGAUGAUGGUGUACACACUUCUCAUCAUGAGCCACCACCUUCUGCUGCUUCACCUUCUGCUGGUUCACCUUCUGCUGCUUCACCUUCUGCUCGUUCACCAUAUACUGCUACACCAUCCGGUAACCCCAACAAAAGGGCUAAACCCUCAACUCCUGUAGCUCCUAGUGCCUCACCAUCUGCUUCUUCACCUGAUGGAACUUCUGUUACUGCUGACGAUUUAGCAUUUGAAAUGAAGAAAGCUCUACAAAGUUUGACUAAAGGGUAUACAAUUCCUCAGUUUUUAGAGAAGUUAGAGGUCCUUCAGUUAGGCCCUACAGAUCCUUUACGCUUUGUCGCAUAUCAUAUUUUUGGAGGAACCAUGAACAUGAGAGAGAUGUGGAUGCAUUUGGCCGAUGUUCCCGAGAUAUUACGAGGGUGGCUUGAGAUGACGGGGGUAGCGCAUGACUCUAGAAUAUUAUCAGAAGCAGUAGCCGAUCCACAAGCAUCAUUCCCGUUUCCACCACCAGACAAAUAUUAUCUUUGUGAUGCCGCGUAUGCAUACACUCGAGGAUUUAUGGCCCCUUAUCGUAAUGUGAGCCUGCAGACGUUAAAAAAACAAACAGUCUUCUUAUUGCAGACUGCAGACGUUUGGUCCACCUCUUCUGCUGCAGAGGCUUGCAGAUGUGGUCUGCAGACUGCAGACAUUUUGGCUUCAGAAAAACAAACAGCACCCAUAUUAGGCCGUGAUCACCCAUAUUAG